AUGCUUAGAAAAGUGGAGACUGGGGUUCGGAUCCCAGAGGACAGUCAGCUCACAGACAAAGACCUCAAAGCCAUCGGGAAAGCGGCCGCCAAAAGCUUACUGCAGGAGUGUGGCUCGGUGUCUGCUCUAAGCGACAAUAGUUUCACUGAGGAAACUAUGAAACUGAACCUGAACCUCCAACUCAGACCAGAAGAGACGGUUGAGGAACUACUCAUACCAGAAGACAGCCAACUGGAAGUCUUACUGUCAGAGAUCCAAGAGGCAGCCGUAACGAAGCAGGCCUCAUGA